UGUGAUCUCACACUGGAUCCAAACACAGCACACACUCGACUCAUUCUGUCUGAUGAGAACAGGAAGAUCACACGUGUUGAAGAUCAUCAGACGUAUCCUGAUCAUCCGGAGAGAUUUGAUGUUGCUCAUCAGGUUCUGUGUGUUGAGAGUCUGACUGGACGCUGUUACUGGGAGGCUGAAUGGAGCGGAUAUAAGGCUGCUAUAUCAGUGUCAUAUAAAGGAAUCAACAGGAAAGGAGGGAGUGACUGUGAGUUUGGAUCCAAUGACAAAUCCUGGAGUCUGAUCUGCUCUAAUAACAGAUUCACUGUCUGGCACAAUGAUAACUACACUGUUAUACCUGCUGUCUGUUCAUCCUCUAAUAGAGCAGGAGUGUAUCUGGACGUGUCGGCCGGCUCUCUGUCCUUCUACAGCGUCUCUGACACACACACACACACACUCACACGCUUACACACACUCACACACUUACACACACUCAACACUACAUUCACUGAACCCCUCUGUGCUGGAUUUAGGGUUGAUCCUGAUUCCUCAGUGUCUCUGUGUGAUAUUAAACAGCCUCCUGUGAGAAUCAUCAGUGAUCCACACGUCACCAGAUCUGCUGAACAAGCAUAUCAAACGCAGAGCUGGAGAGACUGCAGUGCAACCGAAUCGCUCCAGUGAUGGACGUGACGUGAUCUCAGGGAAACUGGAGGAAGUUCAUCUGUUUAGGAGAGUCUGAAGCUUCCCUCAGAGAUGCUGUGCAAGUCCUCAGUGUAGAAGACGAGGGAAUAACUGGAGAACCUGUUCAGCUGACACGAUCCCAUGCCAAGAUAGUCCAACCAUCCUUCUCUACUAAAACAUUCAUUAUUAGAUGGAUAAUGGGAUGGGACCAACACUGCGAUCUUCUUCUCUACAUGCACUCUGAAGCUCCUCUCAUUCGUCAUGUCUACUUUUUUUGUGAAAACACAUGUAUGCCUCUCUUUCAGAUGUGAAAUCUAUG